CAAUAUUACGUCACGUGCGUUUUGCCGUCAGGACCGCGCAAAAUUGGCACAACCUCCGUUCACGGCGUCCUCUUUCAUUGAAUUGCCUUGACUUUCCUUCAAGUUCUCCCACUGCAGCGUGCGCCUGCAAUGACGAAAAACGGUUCUGCAAAUCCCUCCCGCAAGGUGCGCCGGCGUGGCUCAAUCGACGUCGUCGACGCAAAGGUCGCAGUCGACCUUGCCACAGCUCAGACAUACUCUGAAAAUGUCUUCCUUUUCGUGCCCAACCUCAUUGGGUAUACGCGUAUCAUCCUUGCGGGGCUUUCGCUCCACUUCAUGAGUUAUCACCCCAAAUACUGCACUCUUGCAUACGUGAUAUCAUGUCUAUUGGACGCUGUGGAUGGUCAGGUCGCACGUGCCCUGGGACAGACGUCGAAAUUCGGUGCGGUGUUGGACAUGGUCACGGAUCGGUGUACGACGUCAUGUUUGCUCUGCUACCUUUCUUCCGCAUACCCGGAAUUUUGCCAUGGUGCCUCACUCGUCACUGGUUCGCGGAGCCACAAGCUCGUGACGAGCGAAGUCAGCCGUAUCCUACGUACCCUGUUCUUCAUGUGCGCAGGCAAUGAGCUCUUCUUCGUCUCUCUCUACCUCAUGAAAUGGCUUGUUGCCAUCCCCAGCGCAUUCGUCUGCGUAGGGAAGAACAUUAUUAAUCUCGUACAGCUCUGGAAGGCCUCGAAGAUCCUCGUAGGGGUGGACCUUGCAGAACGUGCAAUUGCGCGUGAGGUACAGGCCAAAAAGGAGUGAUGUGGGCCGUGGACGGACGAAUAUCAUACAUACUACAUAUGCUGCUUCGUGCAUAAUGGGACGGUGUAAUGCAUUCCUUGUUUUUUUUUUUUGGUAUAUCAUGAUGUAAAUAUUUACAGCAUAACGCAAAUUUGAAACUAGCGCGACAAUAGCCUGAGUGCGGGGGCGUUACUAUACUAGCCUAGUAUAGCGUCAAAUCUCCUACCAAUCAUAGUAGCCCUGUCCGCCCUCCUAG